UAAAGAUAAUAGAGAGUAUGUUAGUACUUAUAAUAUAGGAUAUAUGGCACAAUCUCCUCUAAAAUUAUAUUGGAAACAUCCUACAAAAUAUGAAGAGUUCUCAUUAUUUCGGCUUAAUUUAACUCAUAAAUUUACCCAGAAUAAUUGGAAAAAAAGCAAGCAUAAAAAUAUAGUACGUAUCUUUCCACAGUCUUCAUCCUUGCAUAAUGGACCCCAAUAG